CACUUGAUCAUGGCCAUCAGUAUAUACUGUAUGGUAGGAGCUCUUUGUUGAUUUGUUUUGAUGGAGGCCCAUCACUAUUUUCCUGAGAAAUUUACAAAUUCGAACUCUAUAGGCCACCCACUGAGGGUUGGUGGAUGGUUGUUACUGACUCCCAACUCAGACUGUUAAAAACCGUUGAAGGAUCCAUAGUCAGUUCAAGGCUAUUUGCUCUGUAUAUUUGUAGCAGUGUUUUGUACUUGUUGUGUAUCGUCCUCCAAAAUGAUAGGGAAGAAGGUCAUGUCUCUUCUACAAAACGCAACUAAACUCAAUCAAAUCAUCCAAAUCCAUGCUUUAAUCAUCAAGACCUCAUUGGAUGGCAACAAUUUUGUGCUUGCCAAGCUUUUGCGUAGGUUGUUUGCGUGUUCUUCGGCUAAUGAUUUACUUUAUGCCCGCUCUGUUUUUGAUGAGAUUCCAUCUCCGGAUACCUUCAUUUGGAACACCAUGAUCCGGGCUUACUUGAAUUCCCAAAACCCCCAAGAAUCCAUGUCCCUUUUCUUUCAAAUGCGGCAUCAAGAAUGCAUUCCCAUUGAUAGUUACAGCCUUUCACUAGUUAUUCAAGCAUGUGGACGAUUGAAGGAUCCUGGAAAUGGGCAAAAAUUACAUACCCAGGUGCUUAAAAUUGGGCUUGGAUCUGAUUUAUUUGUGGAGACUGCUCUUAUUGAGAUGUAUGCGAAGUUCGGUGAUAUUGAAAUUGCCAGGAACAUUUUGGAUGAAAUGGCUCACCCAGAUUUAGUUCCGUAUAAUGUUUUGUUAGCCGAGUACGUUCGAGUUGGGGAGAUUAACUUAGCACAUGACUUGUUUGAUAGGAUGCCUGAGAGGGACUUGGUUUCUUGGAAUACCAUGAUUCAUGGGCACGCCUCGCUUGGUGAUGUGGGGACAGCCAAGAAGUUAUUUGAUAGAACUUGUGAAAGAGACCUGAUUUCUUGGAGUUCCAUGAUUGCAGCCUAUGCAAAAGCCAGGCAGUCUAAUGAGGCCUUGAGGCUAUUUCAUGAGAUGCAAUUGGCCAAUGUAUUGCCUGAUAAGGUCACCAUGGUCAGCGUGUUGUCUGCCUGUGGAGAUGUGGGUGCCCUGGGCAUGGGGAAGAUGAUCCAUGAGUGCAUAGAGAGAAACAGAAUUGAAAUAGAUCUCAAGCUUGGGACUUCUCUUGUAGACAUGUAUGCAAAGUGUGGGGACAUAGACAAUUCACUGAGAGUCUUCAAUGGGAUGAAUAAUAGGGAUGUAUUUGCUUGGAGUGCUAUGAUCAUGGGACUUGCUAACCACGGGUUCGGAGAGCUUGCCCUUGAUCAUUUCUCCAAGAUGAUAUCUGAAGAUAUCAAGCCUAAUGAUGUCACGUUUAUAGGUGUGUUAAGUGCUUGUAGUCACAUUGGUCUGGUGGACGAGGGGUGGACAUAUUUCACAUCAAUGAGUAAAGUUUAUGAUGUUAGUCCUAAAAUUGAACACUACGGAUGUGUGGUUGAUAUUUUGGGCCGAGCAGGGCGGCUUCAAGAGGCCAUGGAACUCAUUAAAAGUAUGCCCUUUGCGCCUGAUGCCAUUGUCUGGAGGGCCCUCCUUGGAGCCUGUAGAAUCUACAAGAAUGUUGAGAUUGCAGAAGAAGCUACAGUGAAUCUUCUAGAACUGGAGCCUCAUGUAGAUGGGAAUUAUGUGCUGCUGUCAAACAUAUAUUCCCAAGCCAAGGAGUGGGACAAGGUCGUGAAUGUCCGCCGGAUGAUGAAAAACAUAAACAUUCAGAAGGUCCCAGGAAGCAGUUCAAUUGAAGUGGACAAUGCAGUUCAUGAAUUUGUUGCGGGUGAUCAGUCACACCCAGAAUCCAAAAAGAUCUUGAGGAUGUUGAGUGAGAUCACUGCUAGGUUAAAAGCUAAUGGAUAUGCACCAUUGACAGCCUCUGUUUUACAAGAUUUUGAUGAGAAAGAGAAAGAAAACGCAUUAGCCCAUCACAGUGAGAAGUUAGCAAUUGCUUUCGGGCUUCUGAGCACAGCUCCAGGUUCCACCAUUAGAAUUGUAAAGAACCUCCGAGUUUGCGAUGACUGUCAUAUUGCCAUCAAGCUUAUUUCAAGAACGUACAAGAGGAGGAUCAUUGUGAGGGACCGGAAUCGGUUUCAUCAUUUUGUUAAUGGUUCAUGCUCUUGCAAGGACUACUGGUGAAAGAAUCAAGCAGAAACCACUGGGGGAAUUGACUGGGAAAUGUGGUUCUAGGUCUUAGGCAUCCAUCCACAGCCACUUACUGAUCAUUAGCUAGGCUCAGAGAAUGUGAAGUGGAACACUAAUCAUCUAUACAGCCACAGGAUGAUUCUGAAGGGGUUUUUACUUUUUUAAACCAACCUCUCUAUUAUUGAAAGCAGCUUAGCCAUCUUCACUGAAACAGGAUGAAGUAUUUACUUACUGGUUUUUUGUGGUUGGUUGAUAUGAUAUGAUUGUGCCAAGGUCUGUUUACCAUACAGAAAUUCACUUUUUCAAGAUCUAUAAAAAAGACACCAUUAAUCAA